UCAGGAAGUAUCUAGAUGCAUACUGUUGAAAAGAUACGAAAAUAUGUGGACUACUGUCGUAAAUCUUGCUGUUAUUCUCCAGAUUUCAGUUCAUGCAGAUGAUAGUAUCUUUGAAAUAUUGGGCGAGCUUGAAUUCGAAUGCCCUCAUGGCUGGAUAAUUCACAAAGCCAACUGUUAUAAGAAAGUUGAAGUUGAGAUGACGUUCAACGAGGCGUCCGUGACGUGUUACCUGGAGGGUGCUCAUCUGCUGUACUUGGCGAAUGAGAUUGAAUAUGACGAGGUCAUAGCCCACAACGCGCCAGGAAUUAACGUAUGGAUGGGCUUCGAGACGAAUGGAACCCACAUUGGUCGUAACGUUACUGGUUUCGACACUCCAAGCGAUCUGAUUCCACGUUGGGCUAACAACGAGCCAGCCCCAAACAGGCACGACAUAGACUGUAUUCUGGUCGACUAUAUGAAGGGGCUUAUGGUUAGGGCCUGCGACGAGAUGCAUCCUUUCUUCUGUAAAAGAAGAGCCUGUCUCAAAGGUUACAUGUCCUGCGACACGGCUACGAAGUGUGUUCCUGAUGCGAGAAAGUGUGACGGGAAACUUGACUGUUUGGACACAAGGGAUGAAUUGGACUGUCCUAAUGAUAUGAACUAUAUAGACGUGGAAACCUCAGGAAGUUUUUCUACUCGCACCCUGUAUUCUGGUCAGCAAAGAAUUUGGACAAUGAAAGCUCCCAUUGGACGACGAAUUAAGCUUUACGUGCCGUCUAUGACUCUCGAAACGAAUGUGGCGUUUUUAGAAGUAUGGACUGGUAAUCCUACAUUUGCUGUUUCCCGGCUCAUAAAGAGGUUUACUGGAACUGUAAGUGCGGGCGUCUAUCUGUAUUCAGAUAACAACUACAUGACUGUUCGUCUGUACGCCAACAAUCUUCAGCAAGACUUCAACGCAAAAACAUUGAGUUAUACCGCAGAUAAUACAAACAUAUUUCUUGGCUACAAGGACCUUGACGCUACGGUCGCGUUGAAAUCGCUGACCUUCCCUUACCAGGGAAUGGAAUAUAAACCAAAAGGUCUACACCUGCGUUGGAGAAUUACAGCUUCUGGAGGAGAUUAUAUUACAUACUAUGUUGAGCCAAUAGAUAAGACGAAACCCACAUCAGGGAAGAUACGCGGCGGGAUGACAUACCUAGAACCGGGUGAUGUCCGAGUGACCGGACGUAAAGAACUGCACAUCACAAUGGAAGGCGUUCCUGAAAAUCUCCAACUUAUGUACAAAUCAGGCUGUGGUGACAUUACGCUGAUGCAUGAGUAUGGCACAAUACAACUGUUUGACGAACUGAUUCCAAACAAUGCAACGUGUACGUGGACAUUAAAAGGGGGAGAAGCAGUUGGUCGAGGACUGGCGUUAAAGUUCAUGAACGACCUGUAUGACGAUCCACGUACAACAUCGGCAACAAAGUCCAUGGAUAUAUUUACGAUUGAAGGCUCAGGAGGGACUAAGACUGAGGUGGAAAAUUAUCCUGAGAUGAUUUACCAUAGUUCGGAUGGUACCUUUAAAGUCAUUUUUCAAUCUGAUGUUGUCCUUAAUUCAAAGAGUUCUAGUUUCGACUUCGGAGCAGACUGCCCAAUGCUUGAUGUUUCCGAGCAAACGGAAAUGAAUAAAAACACGAAUUACUUUGAUGAAGAUGUUCUGUUGACUUGCACUACUGGAUACGACUUUCACCUUGAGAAAUAUGCACCCAGAGCAUCGCUUACACUAAGGUGUACUAAAGGGUCAUGGUACAUUGAUGAUGAUAAACUUGCAGCAAUUCCAGAAUGCAAGAUGGUAUUUUGUGGCGCUCCUCCAAAAGUGAACAAUGCAUAUGUUACUGUUGCCUCUGGCGGUUCAUAUAUGUCAGUCGCUACCUACGCUUGCAAUCCGGAAUUCAAUAUGGCGGGCGGACCAAAUGCAACCUGCAUGGAUAACGGCGAGUGGGAGGGACUACCGGCAUGCUCUUCUUCAAGCUGUCCUGAAUUAAGGGACGACAUCCUACCAAAUGGAAAGCUAGAAAUAAUUGGAGGCAACGCUUUCUCUGGUGGAAGCGCUGAUUUUGACACAGUUGUAGAAUUUAUCUGUAAUGAUGGCUACGAAUUGGUGGGUACAGUACGGACCCACUGCAAUAACAACGGCUGGACGCACGGAAAUACUCCUCCAACGUGUAAAGUACUUUCAUGUCCGAUACCAAGCAUGCCCAACGCGGAAUACAAUCUUGAUGGAGAAGUUAACUUCGGAGACUCUCUGACAAUUUCUUGCAAAGAAGGGUUUCAGUUCAGAGACAGAUCUGAAAACACACCUUUCAAUAUAAACUGUCAAGCAAAUCAAACCUUUGACAUAGUGGAUGAAUGCAUUGAUAUAGACGAAUGUGAAACAGGCACUAGUGGCUGCAACCUCGACUCAACAGCAUGUAGGAAUACCAUAGGUUACCGCAAGUGUAUCUGCAAAAAUGGCUUUCACAAUCCCACUGGGGUGUCUUGCUCAGACAUCAACGAAUGUUUAGUAAACAACGGUGGCUGUUACGAUAUGGCCAACUGCGCAAACGCCCCAGGCACAUACAGCUGUACAUGUCCCAGUGGUCACAAACUGUUUGAAACGAAUGGAGACCAGGGAUUCACUCUGCAAUCGUCCGAGACUGGACUUGGGGAAAACGAUAUGUAUCGAAUCAACCGUACCUGUGUCCCAUUGAAAUGCCCUGGGUUGCCGAAUAUCCAGAAUGGAUGGUACUUGACCAGUGAGACUCAGUUUCAUUUCAAUAAAGAAGUGGACAUUCAUUGUGCAGAUGGCUAUUUCUUUGCCAGUGAUGGAACUACUACAUCCGUCACAGACGGCAAAUUAACAUGUACAGCUGCCGGAAACUGGGACAUAGCACCAUCAUGCUCUCCACGGGAGUGUUCAUUACCUGUAAAGCCACUAAAUGGGAUGUAUAACAAAGAAAGCGUCGCUUUUGGGGAACAACUUACGCUCACCUGUGACCUAUCUGAAUCAGAGCAGAUUACUAGACAAGCUAUUUGUUUGUACAAUGGCACGGAUAAGGAAGUUGUGUUUGGUGGAGAUGAUAUCACCGUAUGUCCAGAAAUAAAUUGUGGGAAUCCUGACGAUGUAAUGCCACCAGCGGGGAUCUACGCUAGCAACAAACCACUGACGUUCACCUACUGGCCAACAACCUCGAAAUUCACAUUCGAUUGUUCAGCUGGCUCUAGGGUCACCGGGCUAUCGGAAGACGGUGAUAUGAUUGUCAAGUGUAAAGCAAAUGGCCGAUGGAGUUUAGGCUUGUUGGGAUGUUUAGUCGAGAUGUGCAUGGAUCCUGGAACACCAGGAGACGCCGAUCAAAUUGCAUCAAGUUAUGAAAUUGGUGCAACACUAAGCUAUGCAUGCACAAGAACAGGAUUUAAACCAACAGGGCCAGAAAACUACACAUGUGAAUAUAGCAAUGGUGCAGCAGAAUGGUCAGACAAUUUGGACAACGUUCUUCCUACGUGUGAAGACAUCGAAGAACCGACUUACGAUCCAUGCAAGACAGAACCACAGACUACAUUUAAAAUGCAACCCGCAGUUUUUAAUGUUCCGACAUUUAGAGACAACUUUGCGAUUAAAAGUGUUUCUAAAACUGGCCUCGCUCGCCCUGGGGAUGUUUUGACAUCGAAUGAAGAUGUAACGUACACGGCGAAGGAUUUCAAUGAGAACUCAGCGACUUGUUCCAAUUCUAUUGUAGUUUCAGAACGCAAGAAACCCUCCAUUGAUUGCCCCUCUAAGAAAAUCAUCAGUGUCGUCGAUCGGACCCAAACUGUAAACAAUGUGAACGAAUGGAAACCACAAUAUUUCCAGGAAGUGGACGCGCACACUACUAAGCUCUUAUCCAUCCUGCCAGAAUCUGUGAUCUCAAUUGUAAGCAAAAUAGGGGUUUCGGAAGAAAUCGUGGUAACCGUAGGGUUUACAAACGGGGCAAAUGUGGACGAAGAGGCAAAAUGUAAAUUCCGAGUAUUCUAUGAAGCUGGUGCUUGUUUCGAAGAAAGCUUAUUUAGUGACAGUAUUGCAACCACGGACUGUGUGGAUGCGGCUGGUGGAGGGCUAGAAUGCACCCGAACAUGCAAUGACGGAUAUGUGUUUGGAAAUGGAGGCACAUCAAAGAUAUUUAUCUGCAGUUCUCCAAGCACUUGGGACUUUGACCAAGCGGACCCAAGAAAUCGUUAUUGUCUCCCAAUACAAAACUCAGACGAUACCAUCGACGUGCAAGUAAUCUAUAAUUACGACUUUUUGAACCACAAUUGCUUUAUUAAUUUUUUUAAUAAAGUGAAUGGUGAGCUUAGUACCUUUGAAAGCAAUGUUCAAGCAUCUUGCAAUCUAGACUGGGAUGCACAAGUCGUUACAGCAGGGUUGGUUCCAACAGCUAAGUUUUCAGCGACGUUGAAACUGACUUUGCUUUCGUCUGCAACAACCACUGAGAAGAGCAACUGUUUGCACAAUAUACGUAAUAACUCAGCAUUGUUAAACUUCGGUAAUACUAACUUGCAAUGCGGUACAACAAUCGCGGCAAUAAGUGUUGAUUCAACUGAGACCGGUGAUAUAGAGGUUACCUGCCGACAGGACUAUCACUUUAAAGUGACAAGUGCCGACCUAGGUGUCGACGUCUGCGUUCCAUGCGGUCCAGGUCUGAUUUACAGUUCUACGUCACAGUCUUGUGAGGCCUGCCCUGAUGGCCAGUACCAAGACAGUAACAUGCAGACAACUUGCCUAUCAUGCAGCAGUGGUUCAUAUCCAAGCGCAGAUAGAACCAAUUGCCAAGUUACAUGCCCGGCAGGAUAUACAUCACCAGAUGGGUUUUAUCCUUGCACACCAUGCACUGCUGACUCGUACUCGGUGAAUACAACAACAUGCAUACAGUGUCCGAAUGGAGGGUCGACAGUCGGAGUGCCAGCUGCCUCGUCUGCACAGCGAUGUUAUGACCCUUGCCCUGAGGGACAGUAUUCUUGGUCCGGUUAUAUGAACACAGCAUGCAGACCAUGUCCCCUACAUCAUUACCAAGCUGCCCCUGGGAUGACGUAUUGUGACUCAUGCCUUACUUCUCAAAUGACAUUGCAGACGGGAUGCGUGAACAACACAUUUUGUCUUCUUAUAGAAGGUUGUAACAGUGCUUAUUGCAACGACAGAGGGACGUGUGAAACAGCAUUUGGACGGAAGAACUGCCAGUGCGAUGCUGGCUACUAUUUCGAGCAAUGUGAAAAUAUUUAUCAUAUCUGUAACGGAAAUCCCUGCACAAACGGUGGGACUUGUGUGCGUGGAGACGGCCCAAUUAAUUACACAUGCACUUGCGUGGCGAGAUUUACCGGCAAUAACUGUGAGGUUGACAACAUUGACAACUGUAACAACUCUCAAUGUCACGAAAACUCGCGAUGCGUGGACAAAAUCAACGGUUAUGAGUGUAUUUGCUCUUCAUCUGUUGGAUUCGGUGGUCAAUACUGUAAGACUUCAACAGAUCCCUGUGAUGAUUCACCAUGCCAACAUGGAACAUGCAAAAGUUUUGAAUAUGUUCGAUAUGAAUGCACUUGCCAGGACGGGUAUGGUGGAAUCAAUUGUGACAUUAACAUAAACGAGUGUAACGCACAUCCCGAUGCAUGCAUGUAUGGUGGAUCAUGCGUUGACCGUGUGAAUGAAUACCAGUGUAAUUGCAUGCCUGGUUUUUCGGGAGAACACUGUGAGAAUGUUCCAGACUACUGCUCACCUGGUGACUGUCAGGAGGAAAACGUUUGCUAUAGCAGUUUAGAUGCACAUGAUGGUGUUUGUUCAUGCGAUUCUCGCUUCUUCAAGCCGGUGUAUAUCUGCGAUAUGCAAGACACAAGUGGGAAAAGUCUGGCCGACCCUAAACCUAAUGUUAUAGGUGGUGUGAGGAUUGUGCAAUCUAUUCAGAAAUGUAAAGACUUAUGUCAGUAUGAACCUGAUUGUGGUUAUGCUACAUAUGUGGAGUUUCCAGCCAGUAAAGCAUGCCUUUUGUACAAACGAGGCACAAUAAAUGAAAUAGACAACACAGGGUCAACUCUUAUCAAGAAGGACUGCAUCAUUGAAGGAACUCAUUAUGACUGCAAUAGAAAUUCAACCCCCUGCGGUACAAUUACUUGCGACAACAACGGGACCUGCUCGGAUAACGGCUAUGUAGCUACCUGCCUAUGUGCCGCGGGAUUCUGGGGUACUCGAUGUCAGUACAGUGUAGACGAUUGUGUUAAUAACAAUUGCCAGAACGGUGCUGUAUGUGAAGAUGGCUAUCUUGGUUUUACAUGUGAAUGUCUUGCGGGAUUUGAAGGAAACCAGUGUGAGACCAAUACUGAUGACUGUCCUGGACUUUGUAACACUACACAGGGAUCAUGUGUGAACCUCGUUGACGGCUACAAUUGUGUCUGUAAACCUGGAUAUCAGGGUAGCAAUUGCGAGCUGGAAAUUGACGAAUGCCUCACAUAUCCGUGUAAACAUGGAGCCGAGUGUAAAAAUAUGGUCAAUGACUACUCAUGUACGUGUGAAUUGGGCUGGACAGGCAAGAACUGCGAUACGGAAAAAAAUCAUUGUGAAUCACGGAAUUGUCAAAAUAAUGGAGAGUGCUUCAAUCUACCGGAGUCAUCAUUUUGCAGAUGUGAAGGCGGUGCACUUGGGGAGAACUGUGAGAAUGCAACAUUAGUUUGUGAUGUCAUGAGUGGAACUGACGUCUGUCAAAAUGAAGGUUUGUGCACAAACAGACCUGGAACAGCCUCGUGCGAAUGUCAUCCAGAUAAUGAUGUGCGGCGGUGCUAUUUUGAUGAAGGACGUGUCGGAAUUGCUGGAGGUACAAGUGAAACGUUGGCCUUCAUUCAAGUACAGAGCCUUGAAGAAUGUAAAACCACAUGCUUAAAUAUUCCAAACUGCGGCGAUAUGGUGUUUUUUACUUUAUCUGGACAAUUUUAUUGCUACUUGUAUGAGCGGGAGAAGUUUGUGUUAACAUUAGAUGAAUCUGCGAGAGUGCAUUAUCGAAGAAUUUGUCCCAUAGAUUAUACAGGAGACUCGUGCGAACAAGUUAAGGAUUGGUGCUCCGAAGCAAAUAACCCCUGUGAGAACGGAGGAGAAUGUACACCAAAAGGACCUGCUGGAUAUACGUGCAUGUGUCGGUCAGGGUACAGUGGUGUUAUAUGCAACAUUGACGCUGAUCCAUGUAGUACUAACCCAUGUGCGGGCGUAGCAAGAUGCCAGUCUACGGUAACAGAGUAUAUCUGUCAGUGUGAACAGGGUAAAAUAUUUACCGGAAGCCAGUGCAGAGAUGAUCCCACAAGACCGGUCAUUCUAGUUAGCAAUUUAAAUGGUUUUUUAGUACCGCCAACCCUACAAACACCAUUCCAUUGGACCACCAAAACGAUUUCUAUAAUGUUUAUGAUCAGAGUGCACGCUAGUUCUGACGAUCAGUUGGCGAGUUUGUUGAAUAUUUACGUGCAAAAUUCAUUAAAUCCAAACUAUCAGGAUUAUAUGUACUGGAUAUCCGUUAGUCGCAGAGGAAUUUGCGUUAAAAAUGACAUCUCUUCCUGGAUAGGUGUCACGUUUAACGAAGAUUUUGGAAGUGAACUGGGGGAUGGUAGUUGGCAUCAUUUGGGUAUUGCAAUAGAUGAAAAUGACAUGCUGUCGGCCACUUUAGAUGCUAUCACGAUAGACAAUGCUGUUGAAGUUGUAUCCCCUCCGGCGGGAGAAAAGAACGUGCAGAUAUCUCUUGGCUAUUUGAAUUUAGCCGAAUAUCAGGAUGUAUCUGUAUGGGACGUAACUUUAACGAGCCGCGAUUUUGCACUAGCGUCUGUUGGUAAUCAACCAUCUGUUAAUCCUAUACAAGGAUGGUGGAACUAUGACCCUAAGACCUCAGGGAUGCGUCUGACAGAACGGUUGCAGCAUAAUCUUCUAGACGAUCCGAAUAUACACUUCCCGCAGAUGAACUGUGAUAGUUUUGAAAACAUAAUGCAUGUGUCUGCUGAAAGAGUUGUAGACAGGGAUACAUUUGUCGGCAAGAUUGAGGAGGUCAAAGAAAACACCAAUCAAACUUUAACUUUCAAACACUCCCUUCCACCAAGUUUGACUUGGGGAUUCUAUGAAGCAGUUGUUGUCGGUAUGAAUAGUAACACCCUCAACUACGGAGAAUGCAGAGUGAAGCUUGUGGUAAAAUACAACGACGUGUGUCCAGCAGCUCGAUCAGACAACACACUGAGAGAAGUAUGUCCUUCAGAUGCAGACGCCGUGUGUGAUCUCACGUGUUUAGAUCCAAAUGAAGCACUUUUUGCACCUGUUCCUAAAUAUAUCUCUUGUGGAACGACUGGCGUAUGGGAUACAAGAAAACCGUAUGAUGAUCUCGUCCUUCCGGGAUGUACAAUCAGUGGAGACCCAAUGUAUGCAGUCACAAUCAUGAUGAAAUUAGAAACAGUGAUACCUUGUGGAAAUUUGGACAUACAUACUAAAGUUUCUAAUAGAUUGAACGAUGUGUUGAACGAUAUAAAUGGUAAAAAAUGGACAGGACUUUGCACUGGUGCCAAUUGUGAUAACCUCGCAAUCAUAAAAGCAGCCUGUAUCGGCACUACAACAAUGUUUGAAGUUGGAUUCACUCUUACAUAUGCAAGCAAUACGAUUACUGCCUUUGGUGGUGGAGAAACGUCGGUGUUAGAUGCGCUCAGGAUUAUCAUUCUGUUAGAAAAGGAUUUGAGCAUGCAGGAAAUAGCUAGUGCAUCCUUGCUCGAAGACACUGUUGAAAUCAGCAUGGAAGAAGUCUGUUGGGAUGGUUACGCUCUCGUUAUGAGCGAUAUCUCCAGAGCUUGUGUGCCCUGCGGCCCUGGUUGGAGGUACGACAUCGGGACAAAAGAGUGUGUUCUCUGUGAUUAUGGGCAUUACCAGAACGGCAUUGCACAAACAGAGUGCAUGCCUUGUGGGGAUGACAAAUGGACGAAUUUCCGCGGAGCUAGAGAAGAGAAUGACUGUAUAAUUAACUGCCCUGUUGACCAAGACUUAAAGGCAGGUACGAAUUGUGCUAGCUGUGAACGGGGAUUCUUCAACAAUAAUGUUGAUCUUAACAAGUUCAAUGCGUGUCAAGAAUGCAGUACUGGGAAAACAACAGAAACAAGAGGAUCUACCUCGGAAUCUGACUGUUCAAUCCCUGUUUGUUCAAAAGGCCAGUAUAUUAGGGAUGACGUGUGUGAGGACUGUCCACAGGACCAGUUUUCUGAUGAAGAAUUACCUAAUUCUGGAACAACAUGCUUGUCGUGUACUGCAAGUGACUUGGCUCUUGCCGGCCCUGAUGAUGGAACGUUCGGGACAGAGAAUACUGGCUCUUCUAGUUCAGAUUGUAAACCCUUCUGUCCAUCUGGGUACAUUAUAAACGCCGAAUCCACUGGUUGUGAACCAUGUUCGCGAGGAUCAUACAAAAUCAAUGAGGAGGGCAGGUUCGCUGCCGAGUGUACUGGGUGUCAAGUUGGUACCACAACAGAAAGCAUGGUAUCUACACAUGUAGACAACUGCAGUAUACCCGCUUGCAACGCGGGGCAAUACAUCUUGAACGGUGCCUGUACCAGCUGCCCGAUAGAUACGUUUUCAACCGAGGAACUCCCAACAUCUGAAACGGAAUGCCUGAAUUGUACCGGCGAGUGUGACCUUUGUGAGAUUCGAGGAACUGAGGGACGCGGUGCAAGUAGUGUUGAAGAAUGCAGAGCGUAUUGUCCGUCGGGUCGGGUAAUUAACGCUGUUUUUAACGACUGCAUACCGUGCCCUAUUGGGAUGUACAAGGACAACACGUUGGACAUGUUUUCGUCUGAAUGCACGCCAUGCCCAGACGGUUCAACAACACAAAAUGUUGGAGCUACCCAUGCUAGCCAAUGCGCAAGUCAGGAAGAGCAAAGCAGCCUUGCUGUUAUCAUAGGUACUUCCGUCGCUGGAGGAUUAUUGCUGAUGGUUGUCGUGGCCUUCUUGAUUUACCGACGCAGAAAAAGGAACGAGAAGUUACCGGAAGAAGGACGUUCCGACAGGACUGAUACUUCUAAUCCAAUGAACGUCUAUGAUCAACCGCAGGGCGGAGAAAAUGACAUACCGACUAGAAAAAAUGAAUAUGACGUCAUACCUGCCGACGUAAACGUUUAUAUGACAGUUACCGAAGAUGCUCAAACAAGCACUGGAACGAACGAAAGCGGUAAACAUGUUCAAAAUACUGAUACUACCACAUCAGAAAGAAAUAUCUACUCUGAACUAGACGUGAACAGUUUAAAUGACAAAGACAAAGAUUAUCUUCGUCUGUACUCGCAUGAUUCCCAUGGGUAUCUGGCUCCAAUACAACAUGGGAACAUAUCCCACAACAGAAACGAAGAAGGGCGCAAUAGAACAUCAUUUUUGUAAAUAAGUUUAGUUCCAUCACUAUACAAUUGAGACCAAGGCUGUCAAAAUGGAUGGUAUGCUGCUUUUGAAAACAGCGUUCAUGAAAUUGACUAUAUUACAUGGCUUGCAUGUAUCAUAAUUCUAUUUCGCCUGAUAUAAUGGGUGAUGAGCAGUAUGCAGAGUUUAUACUAUGUUUACAAAGAAGCAUAAACGGUUGUCCAUAAUAAUGGAAUACAUUAAAUAAGUAAAAUAACACAAAUGUAUAUAUAUAUCAUAACAUGACACAUACCUAAAGUAUUUAGUAUUUUACCUAAAGUAUUUUAUUAUAAUCCCGUAGAAUGUUUCAUAAACUUUAAUAAACAUUA